UCACCAUUUCCGCACACACUCACACAAACACUGCAUCCAUCAGCUUCGAUGGCCGUUCACGCGGCCGCCGUGAUCUCCGCUGCUACCAAAAUCGCCUUCUCUUCUGCCGAAAUCUCUCAUCAGCAGAUCGCCUUUCUAUCUCACUCCUCUCAUUCUUCUCUUCUCAAAUUCACCGCAGCAAAUGCCCAAUGCGACAAGAGGAGGUUCAUCACCGCAAAAGCUACCAAAUCUGAAUCUGGAGUCAACCCCAAGGUCGGCGUUGCCGUCUACAAGCCUAGAUCGUAUCAAGUCCUCGUCUCGGAUGCCGCCAAUUCUCUUUUCAGUGCUCUGCAAGAUGGAAAAACACGUAUGGAGAUCGAUUUCCCUCCAUUGCCUACCAGCGUAUCUUCUUAUAAGGGUUCAUCCGACGAUUACAGUGAUGCCAACAUUGAACUUGCAUUAGCUGUUAUCAAGAAGCUGCAAGAGAAGCAAGAAACAAGAGCAUGCGUUGUAUUUCCUGAUAAACCAGAAAAGCGCAGGGCAUCAGAGCUUUUUAAAGCAGCUCUUGACUCGAUUGAUGGUGUAACUAUUGGGUCCUUGGAUGAUGUACCUAGUGGCCCUGUCACCUCAUUUUUUAAAUCCAUACGAGACACUUUGGAUUUCGACUUUGUUGAUGAAAAUGAAGAUCGUUGGCAACCCGACAAACCUCCAUCACUUUAUAUGUUCAUCAAUUGUAGCACUCGCGACUUGUCCGAUGUAGAGAAAUAUGUGGAAAAAUUUGCCUCUUCUACCCCAACUGUACUCUUCAACCUGGAACUGGACACGUUACGUGCUGAUCUGGGAAUUAUAGGAUUUCCUAGCAGAGACUUGCACUUUCGGUUUCUUUCUCAAUUCAUCCCCAUUUUCUACAUACGAAUUAGAGAGUAUUCAAAGACAGUUGCAGUGGCACCUUAUUUGGUGAACUACAGUGGAGCAUUGUUCCGUCAGUAUCCAGGGCCAUGGCAAGUCAUGUUGAAGCAAGGGGACAACUCGUACGCUUGCGUAGCAGAAAGUAGUAGCCGUUUCACUCUCAGUGAAACCAAGGAAGAACUUCUGAGAGUGCUCGGACUCAAGGAGGAAGAAGGAAGCUCGCUCGAGUUCCUCCGGAGAGGCUACAAGACUGCAACUUGGUGGGAAGAAGAUGUAGAGACAGAACUAUCAUCUGAAUGGCGUAGUUGAAUAUGAACAACGAAAAGUAAUGGAAAUCAUAUUAUACACGAAAGAAUAGCAUGGAGACCUUCAGCAAGAAACGACAAGAUUGAUAUCACCUCUAUCCCAACCUCAUUUCUUAUUGGAUUUAUAUAUAUACAUCACAUAUCUGUGUAUAAUUUAUCAUCUACUAGUACAAUGUAAGAGCAUUUUUGCAACACUAGAUUUGCAUAUUGUUUCCUUUCCACAUUUACUUAA